AUGCAUGCCAGAAACCCCCAUUCUCCUUUUCAAAGACUACAUAUGAUGGAUUGCGAUCUUUCAGCUCAGCAGGACACAGGGACCAUGCAAGCUGUAAUUGGUCAGGAUCCAAUGAUAGCUGGACAAGUCAGUAAGCCCUUGCUGUCACUGCGGAGUGAAAUGAAUGCAGAGUUGAGAGGUGAGGACAAGGCAGCUACUUCAGACAACGAGCUGAAUGAGCCCUUGCUUGUGCCUGUGGAAUCAAAUGACAGCGAGGACACUCCCAGCAAGCUCUUCGAGACCAGAGGAAACACAGUGCUGCCUGAUACAAGCCCAGCAGACCAGCACCAACCCAGUCAGUCCCAUCCUGCAUUCCCUGUUGGGCCUCAGCCACUACUGACAGCCCAACAGUUAGCCUCAGCAGUAGCAGGGGUGAUGCCAGGAGGCACUCCAGCCUUGAAUCAGCCAAUCCUUAUUCCUUUCAACAUGGCUGGGCAGCUGGGGGGCCAACAAGGACUUGUCCUAACUCUACCUACAGCAAAUCUCACCAACAUCCAAGGACUGGUAGCAGCAGCUGCAGCAGGAGGCAUCAUGACUUUGCCAUUGCAAAAUCUACAAGCUACCUCAUCCCUGAACUCCCAGCUUCAACAGCUUCAGCAUCUUCAGCAGCUCCAGCAUCAACAGCAGCAGCAGCAAAGCCAGCAGCAGCAGCAAGCUCAGCAGGCACAGACUCCACAGCCAACCCAGCAGACCCAGCAAUCACAGCCACAGCCAUCAGCACCACCACAGCAGAACCAAACACAGUCCCAGAGCCAGAGCCAACCACCUCCAGCCUCACAGUCCUCCAGCUCCCCUCAGAAACCCAGCCAGUCACCAGGGCAUGGCCUUCCAUCUCCUCUUACUUCACCAAAUCCAUUGCAGCUGGUUAAUAAUCCACUAGCAAGUCAAGCAGCAGCAGCUGCAGCAGCAGCAGCCAUGGGCUCAAUAGCAAACUCCCAGGCCUUUGGAAACGCCCUCUCCAGUCUUCAGGGGGUCACAGGCCAGCUCGUCACUAAUGCACAAGGACAGAUUAUUGGAACAAUCCCACUGAUGCCUAAUCCAGUCCCAUCCAGCCAGGCGGCAGGUGGAGCUCAGGGACUUCAGGUGCAGCCGAUAACUCCACAGUUAUUGACCAAUGCCCAGGGUCAGAUCAUCGCCACUGUCAUCGGCAACCAGAUACUCCCAGUGAUCAAUACCCAGGGAAUAACACUAUCGCCGCUCAAACCAGGCCAGCAGCUCCAUCAGCCUUCCCAGAUGCAAGUGGGACAAGCAGCUUCACAAUCCAAUCUCCUGCAUUUGGCUCACAGUCAAGCAUCUAUGUCUCAAAGCCCAGUGCGUCAGGCUUCCUCUUCUUCCUCCUCAUCCUCCUCCUCUUCAGCUUUGAGUGUUGGCCAGUUAGUCAGCAAUCCUCAGACAGCCACUGGAGAAGUGGAUGGGGUAAAUCUGGAAGAAAUACGAGAAUUUGCCAAAGCUUUUAAAAUCCGGCGCCUGUCCCUUGGCCUGACACAAACUCAAGUUGGCCAAGCCCUGAGUGCCACGGAAGGCCCAGCCUAUAGCCAGUCUGCCAUCUGCAGACACACCAUCCUGAGAAGCCACUUUUUCCUACCACAGGAAGCCCAAGAGAACACUAUAGCUAGCAGUCUGACAGCCAAACUGAACCCUGGCCUUUUGUAUCCUGCCAGGUUUGAAAAGCUGGACAUCACCCCUAAAAGUGCCCAGAAGAUAAAGCCGGUGCUUGAGCGGUGGAUGGCUGAGGCUGAGGCCCGCCAUCGAGCAGGGAUGCAGAACCUUACCGAGUUUAUUGGGAGCGAACCAUCCAAAAAGCGCAAGCGGCGUACCUCAUUCACGCCACAAGCCCUUGAAAUCUUGAAUGCCCACUUUGAGAAGAACACGCAUCCCUCUGGGCAGGAAAUGACAGAGAUUGCAGAGAAACUGAACUAUGACCGGGAAGUAGUUAGAGUUUGGUUCUGCAAUAAGAGGCAAGCACUGAAGAACACAAUUAAACGUUUGAAACAACACGAGCCUGCAACAGCAGUUCCUAUGGAGCCUUUAACAGACUCUCUGGAAGAAAACUCCUAAGAGCAAAACAAAAAAAGCCAAAUCACACAGAAAAAAAAACUCCACACCAACUGAAACGUGUCCAUUUGAACUUUGUGAAAAUACCUAUUCAUCACCCUUGUAAGUAAAAGACUGAGAAAACUACAAGAAGGACAGAACAGUUUAUAAAUGUCCAUGGGUUUUCCUAUUAAAAAAAAAAACUUUAAACAAAAAAAAAUACACAACACUUAGAGUGUGUGUGGUAGAAUUAGU